AUGGGUCGACCAGAGAAUUCGGGGGCUAAAGUUUACUAUACUGGGGAAGUUGCGCAAAAAUACGAUGCUAGUUCGAGUUUGAAUAAUAUUCAGGGUAGAAUUACUGAAAGAUGUCUUGCUAUUUUGAACGAUCCAGAAGAUUCAAUGGUUUUAGAUAUUGGUUGUGGUAGUGGAAUAAGUACAGAAAAGAUCUUAGAUAGUGGUAAUUUUGUGAUUGGAGUGGAUAUAAGCAGGGAAAUGCUUGAAUUAGCUCGAGAAAGAGUUAAGUCUAUUUUUUAUGAUGAAGAUUCAGCUGAGAAGUAUUCAGAUUGGAUUGAAGUAGAUAUUGGGACUGGUUUACCUUUUCGUAGUGCAGUUUUUGAUUAUGCCGUUAGUGUUAGUGUUUUACAAUGGUUAGUUGUUCAAAAAGAUUACAAGAAACUCUUAUCUGCCUUUUUCUAUACUUUGUAUGAUGCAUUGAAAUCUGAUGGAAUAGCUGUCUUACAGUACUAUCCAGAAACAGAUAAGCAUAUGGAUGAUAUUAUGAAGUAUGCUUUGAAAUUUGGAUUUGCUGGUGGAACUCUAGUUGAGAAUCAAGAUAGUAAGAAGAAAAGGAAGACUUACUUGAUCUUAGAAAUGCCAGGAGCUAAAGGUAAGUCAAAACACUUGCCCAGUCGUAAAGAGAAGACUAAAACCCGAGUUACUAACCGUAAUCUAAGUAGACAAGAAUGGGUGCUUAAAAAGAAGGCUAAAAGAGAGAGUAAAGGACACUACGUACCUGAAACCAGCAAAUAUUCCGGUCGUAAACGUAGUGGUCGUUUGGGUUAG